AUACUUAUAUUAGACUCAUACUUAUACUCAUACUUAUAUUAGACUCAUACUUUGGUGCUUAUGCUCACUAAAAUCAUAAUUAUAGUACGUUGUCCCAAUCGGGCAAACACCCUGAGAGCCGCAGGCAAUUUUUUUCUCGCGAAGAGAUAAAAAAAAAAUUUGAGCAGAGCUAAAAGAAACCUCUUAAAUCUGUUAGUGUUAGUAAGUAAUCCAACCGUAGGCCAACAACAUGCAACUCUCGUGGAAGGAUAUCCCUACUGUGCCAACGUCCAACGAUAUGUUGGACAUUGUGCUUAAUCGUACCCAGAGAAAAACCCCUACUGUUAUUAGACCAGGAUUUAAGAUCACUCGUAUUCGAGCCUUUUAUAUGAGAAAGGUUAAAUUUACAUCAGAAGGAUUUACUGAAAAAUUUAAUGAUAUUGUUGGAGGAUUCCCUAAUAUUAAUGAUGUUCAUCCAUUCCAUCGUGAUUUAAUGGAUACUUUAUAUGAAAAGAAUCAUUAUAAAGUAUCACUUGCAGCUGUAUCAAAGGCCAAAACUUUAAUUGAACAAGUAUCAAGAGAUUAUGUUAGAUUAUUAAAAUUUGGUCAAUCAUUAUAUCAAUGUAAACAAUUAAAGAGAGCUGCUUUAGGUAGAAUGGCUACUAUUACUAAAAAGUUAAAGGAUCCUUUAGUUUAUUUAGAACAAGUUAGACAACAUUUAGGUAGAUUACCAAGUAUUGAUCCAAAUACUAGAACUUUAGUUAUUUGUGGUUAUCCAAAUGUUGGUAAAUCAUCAUUUUUAAGAUGUAUUACAAAAGCCGAUGUUGAAGUUCAACCUUAUGCAUUUACAACUAAAUCUUUAUAUGUCGGACAUUUCGAUUAUAAAUAUUUAAGAUUUCAAGCUAUUGAUACUCCAGGAAUUUUAGAUAGACCAACUGAAGAAAUGAAUAAUAUUGAAAUGCAAUCUAUUUAUGCUAUUGCUCAUUUAAGAUCAUGUGUUUUAUAUUUUAUGGAUUUAUCAGAACAAUGUGGUUUCUCUAUUGAAGCUCAAGUUAAAUUAUUUCAUUCAAUUAAACCAUUAUUUGCUAAUAAAUCGGUUAUGGUAAUUAUGAAUAAAAGUGAUAUUAUUAAAGCAGAAGAUUUAUCUGAAUCUCAACAAGAAUUAUUAAAAUCAUUAACUACUUUACCAGGUGUUGAAGUCAUGCAUACUUCAUGUCAUGAAGAAGAAAAUGUUAUGCAAGUUCGUAAUCAUGCUUGUGAAAAAUUAUUAACUGCAAGAAUUGAACAAAAAUUAAAGGGAACUGCUAGAGUUAAUAAUGUAUUAAAUAAGAUUCAUGUUGCAAGACCUCAAGCAAGAGAUGAUAUUGAAAGAUCUGCAUUUAUUCCUGAUGCUAUUAAAGAAUUAGAAAAGUAUGAUGUUAAUGAUCCAAAUAGAAGAAAAUUAGCUAGAGAUAUUGAAGCAGAAAAUGGUGGAGCAGGAGUAUUUAAUAUUAAUUUGAAAGAUAAAUAUUUAUUAGAAGAUGAAGAUUGGAAGAAUGAUAUUAUGCCAGAAAUUUUAGAUGGUAAGAAUGUUUAUGAUUUCUUAGACCCAGAUAUUGCAGCUAAAUUACAAGCUUUAGAAGAUGAAGAAGAAAGAUUAGAAGCAGAAGGAUUUUAUGAUUCAGAUUCAGAUAUGGAAGAUGAAGAAGAAGAUAUUCAAGAUAUAAAAGAUAAAGCUCAAUGGAUUAGAGAUAAACAAAAGACAAUGAUCCUUGAAGCAAGAAAUAGAAAAUCUUUAAAGAAUAAAGCAAUUAUGCCAAGAGAUAAAAUUAAGAAAUCUUUCAAUGAAAUGGAAGAACAUAUGUAUAAUAUUGGUCAUGAAACAGAUAUAUUAAGAGAAAAAUCAGGUAAAAUUAAAUCAAAGAGAGAAUUAUCUGGUGUAGAUAUUUUAAAGAGAAAUCAAGGUAUACAAUCUUCAAAGAUUUCUAAGAAGAAAUCGGCUGCUUAUCAAACUGAUCGUCUUAAUGAUGGUGUGGCUGAUGGAGCCAUGAGAUCUCAAGCUGAAAGAUUAGCUAAAAUUCAAAGAAGAGAAAGAAAUAGAAAUGCCAGACAAGGUGAAGGUGAUCGUCAUUCAACUGCUUCCUUACCAAAACAUUUGUUCACUGGUAAAAGAGGUAUUGGAUCUAAUGACCGUCGUUAGAUAUCCAUUACAUUACAUUACAUUACAUUACAUAUACUAUAUAUAUAUAUUACAUACAUACAUAUAUCAAUUUUUGUGCACUAGUUAUCAAUAUAAAACCGUU